AUGACACCCCAUCUCGAAAACCGGGCUACGACGUCGGCCUCCGAUAUUCCUUUGAAAGAUCUCGAAUCUGCGUCCGGUUUUGAACCCGGCUCGUCCAUACCAUCUCGUUGGGAUGGCUUUUCUCAAUUUCACCCGUCGAACAUCCUCGCGCAUCCCGGGGGACUCGCGCCAAAGAUGUCCCAAGAAGACUGGCUGGCAUAUUCUGAAGAUACAUGGCAUAGACUGGUAGUCGCACUCACGCCCAGUUUCUUACAACAUUGGGUGGGGAGCUCGCCACCACAGCCUGCAAAACUGCACGCCAUCGCGGCUUUGGACGGGCUGCGCGGCUGGGCCUGUCUGCUGGUCUUCAACUUCCACUUCCUUUUCACAUACACAUGGAAGGUCGCGCUAGGAUGGGGAUUCGGAGGAGAGAACUUUGGGAUUCACCAGCUGCCCAUAUUGCAUAUGUUGAUUUCUGGCCAUAUCAUGGUGGCCAUCUUCUUCGUACUUUCCGGUUAUGUUCUGUCAUAUAAACCGCUAAAGACGAUCCGGAGCAGGUCUUUCGAUCAAACUUUCACCACGCUCGCAUCGGGGACCUUCCGUCGAGCAUUUCGUCUAUAUAUUCCUGCGAUUGCUGGGAUUUUUUGUGUAUUUGUGGCUGUUCGCCUCGGGCUCUAUAAUUAUUCUCACCGCGUGAUCAAGGAGGGACAUACUAUCCUGGGCACUAAUGAGCAACAUCCACGUGUGUAUAAAUCUUUCUCGAAGCAAAGCGGUGACUUGUGGCUCACGCUCGCCACCUUGAUGAAUCCAUUCGACUAUGCCCUCUACUACAAUUACUACAACCCGCACCUCUGGACAAUUCCCCUCGAAUUCCGCUCCUCGCUCAUUCUGUUCGUUGUCAUCAUGGGCACAUCACGCUUGGUGGCACCAGUGCGUAUGGCAGUAGUCUCUGGUCUGACCUGGUUCUGCAUGCGCUAUGGUCGCUGGGAGAUCGUCCUGUUCCUAUUUGGCAUGCUAAUGGCCGAAGUGGAUCUCAUCAACGGCACCUGGGAGCCAUCCGCAAGAUCGGCAGUAGAAAACGAGAAAACAACUAUUCGACUCAGUCCUAGCAGCACAACGACCAUCAAGGUCUCCCGCCGCGGUUUGUGGAUUUCAGUCUUUGUGGCCGGUCUUUACUUUGGUUCAUGUCCCAACAUCGGCUUCAAAUGGACGCCUUUCUACAGUUGGAUGUGGCAUAUCACUCCUAAGACAUACCCAGAGCCACAUCGCUUCGCGCAAACUAUCGGCGCGGUCCUCAUCGUUUUCGCCAUCAAUCACUCCCCUGACAUCCAGAAACUCUUCACAAACCCCUUUUCCCAAUACCUGGGCAAAAUUUCUUUUGCAUUCUACGUCGUCCACGGCCCCAUCCUUCAUUGCCUGGGCUACUCUAUCAUGCCUACCAUCUGGAAUCUCACAGGCAAAGAGACAGAUUUCCAAUACUGCCUCGGUUUUCUCAUUGGCUGGCUGAUCUGCCUCCCCGUCGCCAUCUGGCUAGGCGAUGUGUUCUGGCGUGCCGUGGACAUUCCUAGUGUGAAGUUUGCUCGCUCGCUCGAAGACCGUCUCAUCUCCAAGGGCCCGACGUCCGGUCCCUCCGGCCUGGCUACCCACGCCGAUUGA